AUGGCUGUUACUUCAUCAUCAUCAUCUAAUGCCCACGUGCGUUCAACAAGCUGGUCUGAAGACGUUCGUCCUCUGUCUCGAGCCAUCGAUGAUCAUCUUCUGAUACUUAAGAAAAGACCAGACUCUGCUCGUCGGAAACUCGGAGUGUUAAAGAAUCUGUACGAGGUUGUCGAAGUUUUCCUCAGCUUUCAAACGACGAAAACGCAAAAAGCUUUCACCGGAUUUGAAGAUGUUUCUGACGGUUUCCUCGAGGUUCUUGAUAUCUGCAGCACGAUCAGAGACGUUCUGAUGCAGAUAAAGGAACAAGUCAGGGAACUGGAAUCGAGCUUGAGGAGAAGAGUGAUCAGGAGCAAAUCAGGAGAAGAUCAAGAAGCUUUCGUGUCGCGUGAGAUAGACAUGUAUGUGUUUAAGAGGAGAGCCUUGAGCAGAACGAUUGUGAAACAACUGAAGAAAACAGAGGAUAAGAUGAAGAAGAAGAAGAAAAGAGAUUGUGGAGACGUCAUUAACGUAAUGAAAAGAGUCGAAAAGACGAGCUUCGAUGUUAUGGUGUCUUUGUUGAUCGAAGUGGUGACGAAGAAUCAGAGCGAUCAUAAGCAGAGAUCGAGGAAAGGGAUUGUGUCGAGGAUUUUGAAUAGGAAGAAUCAAGAAGUUGAUGUGGAGGAGCUGAAGAAGCUGAGAGAAACAGAGCAUGGCAUUGAAGAAACAGAGAGAGAGUUGGAGAGUGUCUAUAAGAAGCUGUUGAAGACAAGAGUUUCUUUCCUUAACAUGCUUACUCUUUGAGAUUUUAUGGUUAGAUGUAAUUUUUUUUGUUCAUGUAAAGUAUUGGCUUCAGCCGUUUAGUGUAGGCUAAAGUUUUACUCGUAAAUAAUUGUGUGUAUCGUUCUUCAAUCAUAUUCAGACGUUACUUGUC